UGCCUGCUGGCCCGUGUGGGGAGGGGAUGUAGAGGGCGGCGGCACCGGCCGCUCCUGGCACCAUGGACGAUGCCGCGGUCCUAAGGAAGAAGGGUUACAUCGUGGGAAUCAAUCUGGGCAAGGGCUCCUAUGCAAAAGUCAAAUCUGCCUACUCAGAGCGCCUCAAGUUCAAUGUGGCAGUCAAGAUCAUAGACCGCAAGAAAACACCCACUGACUUUGUGGAGAGAUUCCUUCCUAGGGAGAUGGACAUCCUGGCGACUGUCAACCACCGUUCCAUCAUUAAGACCUAUGAGAUCUUUGAGACCUCUGAUGGACGCAUCUACAUUGUCAUGGAGCUGGGCGUCCAGGGCGACCUCCUCGAGUUCAUCAAGUGCCGAGGAGCCCUGCACGAGGAUGUGGCACGCAAGAUGUUCCGCCAGCUCUCCUCAGCCGUCAAGUACUGCCAUGAUCUGGAUGUCGUCCACCGAGACCUCAAGUGUGAGAACCUUCUGCUUGACAAGGACUUCAACAUCAAGCUGUCUGACUUCGGCUUCUCCAAGCGCUGCCUGCGGGACGGGAGCGGGCGCAUCGUCCUCAGCAAAACCUUCUGUGGGUCAGCAGCUUAUGCGGCCCCCGAGGUGCUGCAGGGCAUCCCCUACCAGCCCAAGGUGUAUGACAUCUGGAGCCUGGGUGUGAUCCUCUACAUCAUGGUCUGUGGCUCCAUGCCCUACGAUGACUCUGACAUCAAAAAGAUGCUGCGCAUCCAGAAGGAGCACCGUGUGGACUUCCCACGCUCCAAGAAUCUAACUGGUGAGUGCAAGGACCUCAUCUACCGCAUCCUACAGCCAGAUGUCAACCGGAGGCUGCACAUUGAUGAGAUCCUCAGCCACUCGUGGCUACAGCCCCCCAAGCCCAAAGCCAUGUCUUCUGCCUCCUUCAAGAGGGAGGGGGAAGGCAAGUAUCGAGCUGAUUGCAAGUUGGAUACUCGACCAGGCUCAAGACCCGAACACCGGCCUGACCACAAACUGGGGAGCAAACCCCAGCACCGGCUGCUGGUGGCACCUGAGAAUGAAGACAGGAUGGAGGAGAGGCUGGCGGAGACUUCCAGAGCUAAAGACCAUCACAUCUCUGGAGCUGAGGUGGGGAAAGCAAGUACCUAGUGGCGGAGAGGGCCCUGGGGGAUCAUGGUGUGCAGUCUGCACCCACAUAAGCUAAGUAGGCAGGUAGGAGCUGAAGAAGGCACAGGUGCAAGGAACAAGUAAAAUCCGUCAAUUAAACCACUAUUUUGAUUACGUUCUAUUAGCUUUCUUCCACUUCGUAGCAAAGCCAUUAAUUACUGACCACCAAAUAAACCACAAAGUGUAUACAAGCA